AUGCCUGGGGGUGCAGUCAUUCCCGUCACUGGCACGGCUGAUGUCAGUCGUGUCGAGGCCCCUGUGACGAUUCGUGCCUACUUGAUUGUCGCCUUUAGCGCAACCGGUGGUCUCUUCUUUGGCUAUGAUACGGGUUGGAUGGGUGGUGUUCUCAACAUGGACUACUUCAUCAAGCAAUACACCGGCCGCGAAUACCCCGAUGUCCUAUUCCCCGGUGUCGACGCCUUGGACCCCCGGGUUGUUGCAUACCGCAAUGAACAAUUCAGUAUUUCCUCCCGUGACCAGUCACUCGUCACCUCUAUCCUGUCCGCUGGUACCUUUUUCGGUGCCAUCAUGGCUGGUGAUCUUGCUGAUUUCAUCGGUCGUCGCUUCACCAUUAUCCUCGGCUGUGCUAUCUUCUGUGUCGGUGCUAUCCUCGAGACUGCUUCUACUGGUCUGGGUGUUAUGGUCGCUGGUCGCUUGAUUGCUGGUUUCGGUGUCGGAUUCAUCUCUGCCAUUGUCCGUGGUGCCAUUGUUGCUGGUUAUCAAUUCUGCAUCACCGUCGGAAUCCUACUUGCCAACUGCGUUGUCUACGCGACUCAGGCACGCCGUGAUUCUGGCUCCUACCGUAUCCCAAUCGCUGUUCAAUUUCUAUGGGCCAUCAUUCUGGCCACUGGCCUGGCUCUCCUCCCCGAGUCUCCCCGUUACUGGGUCAAGAAGGGCAAGCUCGACAAGGCCGCUCACGCUCUCGGUCGCGUACGUGGCCAGCCCACCGACUCUGAGUACAUUCAGGAUGAACUUGCGGAGAUUAUUGCCAACCACGAGUACGAGAUGUCUGUUCUUCCUCAGACCAGUUACCUUGGUUCCUGGGCAUCUUGCUUCAAAGGUAGCAUGAUGAAUCCUGCUUCCAACGCUCGCCGCACAACGCUCGGAAUCUGCAUGCAGAUGAUGCAGCAGUUGACUGGUAUCAACUUCAUCUUCUACUUUGGUCCCGUCUUCUUCACCCAGCUCGGUACCAUCAAAAACCCCUUCCUCAUCGGUCUCGUCACAACCCUUGUUAAUGUGUUAUCCACACCUGCUUCCUUCGUCAUGGUAGAGAAGAUUGGACGUCGACGAAUUCUCAUCUUUGGAGCAGCUGGGAUGGUUGUGAUGCAGUUCAUCGUCGGAGCCAUUGGCGCCACGGCUGGCAAGAGCACGGCUAACCACCCCGCCAACCCGGACGCCACUCGUGCCAUGAUUGCCUUUAUCUGCUUGAACAUUGCCGUUUUCGCCACAACCUGGGGUCCCGCGGCUUGGAUCGUCAUUGGCGAGAUUUUCCCCCUGACCAUUCGUUCACGCGGUGUUGGUCUCUCGACCGCCUCUAACUGGCUAUGGAACUUUGUCAUAGGUUACAUAACUCCCUACCUCGUAGCAGAGCGCCCUGACUCCGCCCGUCUCGGAUCCAAUGUCUUCUUUCUAUGGGGCAGCUUAUGCUUCGUCUCCUUCCUCUUUGCCUACUUCUUCGUCCCGGAGACCAAGGGGCUUACCCUCGAGCAAGUCGACAAAAUGUUGGAGGAGAGCACGCCCCGGACGUCGCGCAAGUGGAAGCCCCACAGCACCUUUGCCUCUGAGAUGCACCUUGGCGAGAAGCAUAUUGAGAUUCCACUAGAGAACGUCUCAGCUACUGCCAAGCACGAUGCUGUUUAG